AUGAAGAACAGUUCUCAGACGAUCAGGAGGAACGUUUCGAUUUCGAUGAUCAGCUGGAAAAGACAGCGGCCCAGACCGAGGAUCAAGGCAUGCCGGUGGGUGAUGAAGUGGUGGCAGAGGACGAGGAAGAGCAAGGUGCACACCUGUGGAUGCCUUACGUACUUUAUGCUUUCUGGUGUGUGGAUGCAAGUGUCAGGAACUCAUGCAGUCCAUUAUCACAUGUUUUGGGGGCAAGGCCAUGGUGUCACGUUGCCUCGGCGUGUGUGA